AUGGUUCAUCCCUCAGAUAGAGGCGGUUUGCGAGGUCGUAGGGGUGGUUAUCAAGGUGCUCGUGAUUAUUCUCAAGAAAAUAGGAUAGGAGGUCGGUCAGGUGUCCAGCCAGGUGGCAGGCUUGGCAUGGACAGGUUAUCCUACUAUCAUGUGUUCAUUGAAUGUUUUACCAAGGCUGUUACCUUGGCCAUGUUUGGCGUACCCCCAGUUUUAUGGCAGAAAGCGGUUAGCUGCGAGCUGCUUCAGGGUGUAGUAGUGUUUUUCAAGAUUGACUUGAGAUCUGCUUACCAUCAGUUGAGGAUUCAGGAUGAGGAUAUCCCGAAGACAGCUUUCAGGGCCCGUCAUUGGCAUUUCUUGGAUGUGGGGUCCAAGGCUGGUAUUAUGGUAGACCUGGCUAAGAUUGAGCCAAUUCGUGAUUGGGCUAGGCCUAUGUCUCUGACUAAAGUUCCCAGUUUCAUUGGGUUGGCUGAUUAUUACAGAUGCUUUGUUGAGAGUUUUGCGACUAUUUCAGCUCCUAUGACUAGUUUUACACAAAAGAAAGACUCAUUGGAUAAAGUUAGGGUGAUUCGAAAUAGGUUGAGAGUAGCUCAGGGUAGGCAGAAGGCCUAUGCAGAUCAUUGGCAUUGUGCCUUAAGAUUCGGAGCUGGUGAUCGUGUGUUCCUUUGUGUUUCGCCUAUAACAGGUGUGAUAAGGUUCGUAAGGAAAGGUAAGUUCAUCUCUCAGUAUAUUGGCCUUUCUGCCUAUGCAGAUCAUUGGCUUUGUGCCUUAAUAUUCGGAGCUGGUGACCAUGUGUUCCUUUGUGUUUCACCUAUGAGAGGUGUGAUAAGGUUCAUAAGGAAAGGUAAGCUCAUCCCUCAGUAUAUUGGCCUUUUUGAGGUUCUCCGCACAGUGAGUGAGGUAGCCUAUGAUUUAGCUUUACCUCCAGAUUUUAUAGUUGUUCAUCCAGUUUUCCAUGUCUCUAUGUUGCGUAAGUAUAUUUCUAACCCAUCUCAUGUGCUUAGGUGGAACUCAGUCCAGUUAGAUAAGCAGAUGGCUUUUGUAGAGGAGCUCAUGCUUAUUUUGGCUAGUGAUGUGAGGCGGUUGCGUCUAGAGAGAUUCAUGAAGUUAAGGUUCAGUGGAGGCACCUCCCAGUGGAAGAGGCCACUUGGGAGAUAG